AUGGAAUAAAAGAACAAAACUAUAAUACAUCUUUGGCGCGAAAUCCACCAUUUCAUUUACAUCAAAACCUAGGGUUUGCUAUCAAAAUUCUUAGAACCCUAAAAUAUCAGCAGAAAUUAAAUUAAAUUGAAUCAAAUCGAAUCGAAUGAAUCCAAUUGAAGACGGCGGUUACAUCGGAAGCGAAGAGGACAGAGCAGAAGAAGAUGAAGAAAUCACUAAUCAUCUCCGUGAUCGUUUUCGCCUUUCCACUAUCUCAAUUGCUCAAUCUGAAGCUAAACAGAAUAACAUGGAGAUAUCGCAAUCGGUUAUCAUUUGCAUAUCGGAUUUAGCCUUCAAGUUUGCCGAACAGUUGGCAGAGGAUCUUGAGCUGUUUGCACAUCAUGCUGGCCGAAAGUCUGUGAAUAUGAAUGAUGUCAUAAUUUCUGCACAUAGGAACAAGCAUUUGGCUGAUUCGUUGAGGCUGUUUUCAUGCAAUCUAAAAGCUAAAGAACCCCAGUCCGAGAAGAAGAGGAAGAAAAGUUCCCACAAGGAAGACAGAGCUCCGCCUCCGGUACUUCACAUUGAUACAUAACACCAGCAGGCAACAGCCAUAGAUCUCUACAUCUUGGAAUAGUGAAUACUCUCUGCUUACAUGAGAUGCUUGUUCUGAGGCUUGACUUCUUGUUUUCAAUGUCAAUAUGGAAGGCCUUUUAAAAUUUCUCUAGUGAAGUAGAUAUUGAUUACAGUUUUGUUGUUGACAUGUGAACACAAACUAACCAGAUCCUUCAUAGAUAAGACUACAAAUGUCUGUCUCUACCAAUUGAUUGAUCAUAGAUCAACUGGUUUCCCUUAGGUCCUCUAUGUGAAGGCUUUAAGCGAGGGUUCAAUUUUUGCGAGCCUCAUACCUGGGGGAUUUGUGGUAAGUAGGUGUUUCACUGGCACAGUAGCAAUAUGGAUUGUGAGUAGGUGUCGUUAACAUA